UCCAGGCACCCCAGCACCCAGCACCCAGCGCGCCGCGGGAAGGGGUGCAUGCCCUCGCCAUGGCUUCCCCGGGGCAGGUCAUCUUCUGGAGCGUUAUUAGCAUCAUCAUUGUUUUGGCUGGAGCCAUUGCACUUAUCAUCGGUUUUGGUAUUUCAGGGAGACACUCCAUUACAGUCACUACUCUCACCUCAGCUGGGAACAUCGGGGAGGAUGGAAUCCUGAGCUGCACUUUUGAACCUGACAUCAAACUUUCUGAUAUCGUGAUACAGUGGCUGAAGGAAGGUGUUACAGGCUUGGUACAUGAGUUCAAAGAAGGCAAAGACGACCCAUCAGACCAAGACGAGAUGUUCAGAGGCCGGACGGCAGUGUUUGCAGAUCAAGUGAUAGGUGGCAAUGCCUCUCUGAGGCUGAAAAACGUGCAACUCACAGACGCUGGAACCUAUAAAUGUUACAUCAUCACCUCCAAAGGCAAGGGGAAUGCCAACCUUGCGUAUAAAACUGGAGCCUUCAGCAUCCCAGAGGUGAACGUGGACUAUAACGCCAGCUCAGAGAGCUUACGGUGUGAGGCUCCCCGAUGGUUCCCCCAGCCUACAGUGGUCUGGGCAUCCCAGGUUGACCAGGGAGCCAACUUCUCAGAAGUCUCCAAUACCAGCUUUGAGCUGAACUCUGAGAAUGUGACCAUGAAGGUUGUGUCUGUACUCUACAAUGUCACGAUCAACAACACGUACUCCUGUAUGAUUGAGAACAACAUUGCCAAAGCCACGGGGGAUAUCAAAGUGACAGACUCGGAAAUUAAAAGGCGAAGUCACCUGCAGCUGCUGAACUCGAAGGCCUCUCUGUGUGUCUCUUCUUUCUUUGCCAUCAUCUGGGGACUCCUGCCUCUCUCCCCUCACCUGAUGCUCAGAUAAGGGGCCUUGGCCACACAGAAACAUGCAAAGUCACUGGUACGACAGAAGCCUGGGAAUCUGCAGAACGAUUUCACCACAAGAUAUGACCUAGUUUUAUAUUUCUGGGGGGAAAUGAAGUUUGGAGUGAACACAUAAGAUCAAGAAGCAAAAAAAGCCAAAAGCAACCCACGGAAGACUCCAGAACAUACAAGAUAAAUCUAUCUUCAAAGC